AAAUUGAUUAUAAAAAGUGUUAUCUAAAAAUAAAUAUCGUCCUAAGCACUUUAUUAACACCUUUUUAAUUGAAUAAUUCCGGUGUCGCAAGAAAAUGCACUAAAGAAGUCGUAAUUUCGCAAGAUCCGCAACUCUUAAAGACUUUUUCUGUCAAAUUUCGAACAAAUUCAUCGCGAAUCACUCAUAAAAAUGGCGCUUCUCGGUGCUCAAUUGGUCAUUACGCUCGUAAUGGUCAGUAUUAUCCAAAAAUUGAGUCCUCAUCUGUCGUUUGCUAAAUAUUUGUUGUGCAGCACGGGUCUCCUGAGGUAUUUGCAUCCGAGUGACGACGAGCUCAAAACGUUAGCAGGCGUCCCGAAAGAGGGCAAAAAGGGAAAAGGCAAAAACGGGCAUUUUGAGUUCACCUCUUCGACUUUUCAUGUGCCUCGGAACUUGGAAUUUGUACUGGAUACGGCGAAAAUUACCCAAUUUGAUGUCGUGCAUUUGCGAUAUUUCACGGAAUAUCAGUGGUUGCUGGACUUUAGCUUGUAUGCCUUGAUCGUUUAUGUCAUCUCGGAGGUUUAUCAUUAUUUUAUCCCGUUGAAGGAUGAAGUUAAUCUCAGUAUGUUGUGGUGUUUGUUGGUAGUUUUCUUCGCUUUUAAAUUGCUCGCCAGCUUGACAGUUCAGUAUUUCAAGAGUGACGAGUCAAUUGGAGAACGUUCAACUUGCAUCGUGACGGGAUUGGUGUUCCUUUUAUUGGCAAUGAUGAUAUUAAUUGUACCGGAAAGCAAGUUGGAAGUCGGUUUGGAUCAAGCUUAUUAUAGUUUCAAUGAAAGUGCUUCCGCCUUUUUGCAAACGCAGGGACUCCAAUCCACCGGUCCAGCUUCCAAACUCAUCGUGAAAUUCGGCAUUGCUGUCACUUGUGCGAUUCUCGGAGCAUUUUUCACCUUCCCUGGCUUACGAAUGGCUCGAAUGCAUUACGACUCCCUAAAAUACUGCAAAGAUCGUUUCAUCGUUCGUCUCUUGUUGAACAUCAGUUUCGCGAUGCCUUUCUUCCUCGUGCUCUUAUGGAUUCGUCCCAUCAGCAAAGAUUACCUCACAUCUCACGUUUGGUCCGGAAUGAGUGAACCUCUGCUCACGCCAGCUGCCUUCGAUACGCUCCGAUUGGCGCUCGUUGCUGCAACUGUCAUUUUACGCAUCGCCCUCAUGCCGGUUUAUCUGCAAGCGUAUCUCAAUCUCGCUUACGAUCGGAUCGAAGAGAUGAAAAAAGAAGCAGGUCGCAUCACGAAUGUCGAUUUGCAACGCAAGAUUUCGUCAAUUUUCUACUAUUUGUGUGUCGUGACGUUGCAAUAUGUCGCGCCGAUUAUCAUGUGUCUCUUUUUUGCGUUCAUGUACAAGACGCUCGGAGGGUUUUCGUGGAUCGGAACCGCGAAUUCGUUGGAAGAACAUAUUGGAUUGUGCCCAAUGGAGCCUCCAACGACGACUCCGGCGACAGUUGAUGCCGUGGAAGAUUUAGUUGAUAAUGUCGCGGAAGCAAUUGAAGAGUCGAACAUCUUUAAUACUGCCAAAUAUUUUCAAACUUCGUUGCAAGGACUGAAAAAUAUCUUUACAACUGAAGUCUAUCGAGGACUCAUGGGAUUCGCUACUUGGUGGACAUGUUUCUUGUGGUUCACAACUUCCUCACUCGGCAUGUUCUAUCAAUCGUAUUUCACCAAAUCAUAGUCACUUUUUCAUGGACUUUUUCAAUCAAAAACUCAUUUUAACUCGAUUUUAAUUCGUAAUUUAUUAUUUGAACCACGGAAUUUUCUUGCUUUGUAGAUUUAGAGUCGUACUUUUGUCUGUACGCCGCACAAAAUUAGGCAUUUUACGAGAAAAAUAGCAUUUAUAAGACAUUUUUGUUGAAUGUUUUUUUGUUUGUUUUUAAGAAUAAAUAAA